AUGGAUUUUAAAGAAAGUAAGUUUAAAGAGGAAGUGGGAAACUUUAUGAUUAACUUACAAAAGCUUCUUCCCAAGAAAAAGGACAUAGCAAUAAUACUGCGACCGGAUGUGACCGUUUUGACAAGACUGAGCGAUGUCCACGCGGAGGCCAAGAACGUCUUCCCGAAGUGUUUCGUCGGCGCCAAACUGGUGAUUUUCAAAGAGAUGAUGGAUAAAGUUAAGCUCGUGCAACAUUACACCUUCGGGAAAUCGAAAGACGCCCAUAAAUGUUUCUCGCAAAUUAUUCACAAAGAAAUGGAAACGACGAAAGCCGAGGACGGUCUCGUGGUCGACUUGGCCGGGUCUGCGACGGCCACGUACCGCGAGAGUCUCGAAGACGAUUUGGAAAUCAGAGUCACCUCGAAGAUAAAAGACUUCGUGUCGUCGGAAGUCGAAGCGGUUCUCGAGAAAAAUACACAGAAAUGGAUCGGCUCUUCUUCGUUUUGCGUCAAAGACGUCGAUCCGAGCACGUUGAGACUCGUCGCUCAGUUCAUGUAUAAAGUCAUGCCAGACUACAGCGUGGGCGUAGAGGCGGGCGUGAAAACGUCGACGUUGGCGACGAAGCUCUCCAUCAGCUCGAGGUACGAGAGGCCGUCCUUUACGUUGUCUUCGACGGUCAGCAACUGCGGCAUCCAAUUGUGCCUGUACAAACAGUUCUCUAGGGACCUGCGAAUAGCCACGAUCGUCAAUCACUCGGCGUCGACGACCCUGAGUCUCGCGCUGCACAAGAACUAUCAGAACGGGUCGGAACUGAAAAUGUUCGUAGAUUCGCAGAGGUGCGGUGGGUUCACCUUUGAGAAGGACAUUUUAUUCAGUGAGCCCGAGGCGGAGAUGCGCGUCAUCCGAUUGCUGGCCAGCACUUUGAUCGACCGGCAGAGGAGAGUCCGCUUCGGAUUCGGUUUUCAUCUCGACUUCUAA